AUGUUAGAAGAAAAUCUAAAAGAUUUAAGAAAGGCGCAAGAGCUUGACCUGGAAAGAAAUCAAGAAGACAUGUUAAGCGAAUUAGGAAGUAAAUUAAAAGAGCAAUAUCUAGAUAAAAUAUGUGAAUUUAAAGAAGCUCUAGCCUUGUAUGUCAAACCGCAGGGGACGUGGAAUGUGCCAAUUAUCAAGUCAUCAGUUGGUAAAGAAGAAAUGGGUGACAAAGAAAUGGAAGGUGAUAUAGAAAAAGUAGUUAUGCGUUUUUUGACCUCGAGGGAUAAACUUACUUCAGAUGAUAAGAAGGCUCUGGAGAAUGCAGCAAAUGAAUUUUUGGUUUCAAAAGAAAGAAAGCCGCUAAUUAAGUUAAUUGAUAACUUUUUUGUGGAGGAGAAUAAAUUAACUUUAGAAGAUAUAAAUAUGCUGAAUGUCGCAAUUAAUCAAAUUUUGGCUUUGAAGGAUCAGACGGCUUUAAAAGCUAAAGAAAUUUUGGAGACAGCAGUAAAUCAUCUCUUAACCUUGAAACGUAAAAUAGUAAUGUUGAUAUUAGGUAGUGGGGGAACGGAGAAAUCAACAUUUAACUGUUACCUUGCUCGUAAGCUAUGGAAUGAAUUUGAUGAACAAAAAAUAACGCAACCACCUAUUCCUUUAUUUAUCGCACUAGCGCCACUAGAAGGGCUGAUAAAUCAACAUCAGGAUUUUAUUGAAGUUUAUUUACGGAAAGAAGGCAAACUAUCCAUAGAUCAAAUUGAUAGUUUACGGGAAAGGAAGUUUGUAUUUAUUUUAGAUGGUUAUGAUGAGAUUGCUGAACGUGAUUGUAAUUGCUAUAACAGCAAUAUGUUCUCUAAAUGGAAAAACGCGAAGAUUAUCAUCAGUUGUCGACCAGAGUACUUAGGCGGAGGUUAUGAAAAGAGAUUCUGGCCUAAAGAAAACGAAAGAAAAGGGUUCCAGGAAUUGACAAUUACCCCAUUUUCGCAGGUUGAAAUAGAACAAUAUAUCAAUAAUUAUGUUGAUUAUUUCCAGAAGAAUGGUAGUCCAUUAAUGUGGGACACCGACAAAUAUAUACAACAAAUAAAGAACAUGCCGGAAGUACAAGAUCUUGCAUCUAAUCCUCUUCUAUUAAAAAUUACUUUAAAUGUUUUACCAAGCAUGAUCGAAGAAAAAGAAACCUCUCAGAUAAAUCGUAUAAUUUUGUAUGAUGAAUUUAUUAAGAAAUGGUUUGAACGUGCUCAGACUCGCCUGUCAAACAUUCAAUUAACGCCUAAAGAAAAAGAGGAAUUUAGCUGCUUGGAUGGGGAAGGUUUUUGUGAAAAUUGUCUACAAUUUGGCAAACAAUUUGCUGCUAAGAUCUAUGGUCCAGUAAAGAAGGGCACAUCCGAUUGGAAGGAGUUUUUAGGAAAUAGAGACAAGAAAUAUUACUUGAUUGCUUGUGAGUUGAUAGAUUCAUUCGAAGAUACGUCAGAAACAACAUUCUUCAACAAGCAGUCGAUUAUGCCAGAACUUGCAAUCCAGCAAUUUAUAGUUGAACGAAUUCAACAAAAGCCAGAGAUCAAACAACAGAUGUUAAGUUUUAUUGGAUGCUCGAAAAAGAAUGAAAAUAUUCAAGUUGCUUCCGCUAAUGCCAUAACAGUUCUUAUGCGUGCCAAAAUACGACUUCCGAUGAAUUUAAACAAUAUUCGUGUCCCAGGGGCGGAUUUGAGCAAUGGAAUUUUUAAUAAUUCACAACUUGUAAAAGCUGAUUUAAGCAAUGUAAAUUUCCAAAAUGCAAAACUUCAAAAUGUGAAUCUCGAGGGUGCGUCCCUUCAAAAUGCGAAUCUCAAAGGCGCAGAUCUCACCGGUGCAAAUCUUCAAGGUGCAAUUCUCACUGGCACAGAUCUCACCGGUUCAAAUCUUCAAGGUGCAAAUCUCACUGGUGCAAAUCUCACUGAUACAAUUCUUCGAAAUUCAAAUCUUCAAGGUGCAAAUCUCACUGGUGCAAAUCUCAUUGAUACAAUUCUUCGAAAUUCAAAUCUUCAAGGUGCAAAUUUUCAUGACUCUUAUCUCAAAAAUGUAACAUUUGAAGGCGUAAUUCUCCGAGUUCAGGAUUAA